AGUGUAGCCCCAUCAGUGUCACCUGUCACUGCCUUUCAGUGCCGCCUAUCAGUGCCACUCAGUUCCACCUAUCAGUACCAGUCAGUGUCGCCUAUCAGUGCUGCCAAUCAGUGCCACCUAUCAGUGCCAGUCAGUGCCGCUUAUCGAUGCCCAUCAGUGCUGCCUGUCAAUGUCCGCCGCCUAACAGUUCCAAUCAGUGUUGCUUAUCAGUGCCAGUCAGUGCCGCCUACCAGUACCCAUCAGUGCCGCCUAUCAGUGCCA